CGGAGGAGAGAGGGUAGUCGUUGUGUGGGUUAGCUGUUUAUUGUCAUAAAGCCACGACUUAGCGGUUUGCAAAGCCGUGCAGCGAUCGCAGGAAAACUUUAUCGGCAGUUUCGAGGCGGCUAUUGGACGAUAUACAGCGGCACAGCCUGGGCUUUGUUCGCCCCGGCGGGCAAAUAGUGCCGAGAGCUGGAUAUCAUCGGUUGAAAGAUACAAGUUUCUGCUAGUCAACAUACCGUUAUUUUUUAUCUCGCUCGUGUCGAAUUUGCGCGGUCUGGGUUCAACUAACGCCCCCCGGGAAGACUAAAUGGCUGCAAAUGAAGGGAAACAAAGGUGAUAAAGAAGAUUAUUCAUCAGCAGGUUCGGUCCACUCAACGGUUAGCGCUGUUUUUAGCCACAUCACCGCCUGCUCGUGCUGUUAGCCGCCGAGGUCUCCAUUGUGUGAGCAUCUGUGUGCUGCCGCCCGACCCCCGGAGCCCUCGCCGCCACCACCACCACACCUGCCGCAGCUACAACUGUGUGUUUCACAGCCGGAUUUUCUGUUUUUAACUUUUUGAAUCCAACAUGUGCUCUCGGGUUUGGUUCGUGACCGACAGGCGUAUCAGCCAGGAGUACCCACAAGUUCAGAUCCUCCGGGCACUGAAGGAGCGCUGCGCCGACGAGGAUGUUGAAUUCCGCUCCCUUCUCAUGGAUCAAAUCGUGCUAACGAUCAGCGAGGGGCAAUUAGGUCUGCGAGUGGAGCAGGAAUUGGUGACAUCUUAUCCUCAGGUGGUGGUAGUACGAGUGCCCACGCCCUGGGUGCAGUCAGAUAGUGACAUCACUGUGCUGCGCCACCUGGAGAAGAUGGGCUGCCGGCUGAUCAACCGUCCCCAGGCCAUACUCAACUGCGUCAACAAGUUCUGGACCUUUCAGGAGCUGGCCGGCCAUGGGGUGCCUCUCCCUGACACCUUUUCCUACGGUGGGCAUGACAACUUCCGCAAGAUGAUUGACGAGGCGGAGCCACUGGGCUACCCUGUGGUGGUGAAGAACGCACGUGGCCACAGAGGCAAGGCUGUGUUCCUGGCACGGGACAAACACCACCUCACAGACCUGUGCCACUUGAUCCGUCACGAUACGCCCUACCUUUUUCAAGAGUACGUCAAGGAGUCACAUGGCCGAGAUGUGCGGGUGGUCCUGGUGGGCGGUCGUGUCAUCGGCUCGAUGCUACGCUGUUCCACUGAUGGUCGCAUGCAAAGCAACUGCUCCCUGGGUGGUGUGGGUAUGAUGUGUCCACUGAGUGAGCAGGGGAAGCAGCUGGCCAUAGAGGUGUCCAACAUCCUCGGCAUGGAUGUGUGCGGCAUUGACCUGCUGCAACUCAACGAUGGCUCAUUUGUAGUCUGCGAGGCCAAUGCCAACGUGGGCUUCAUCGCCUUCGACCAGGCCUGUGGCAUGGAUGUGGCAGGCAUUGUUGCCGACUACGCCCUGUCUAUGCUUCCCAGCCGCCUCACUCGUAAGAUGUCCCUGCUGUCCGUCGUGUCGAGCACCAGCGAGACCAGCAGUGAGCCCGAGGUGCUCUCCGUGCCCAACAGCGGUGGCUCGCUGCCCGAGGCCGUCUGCAACAUGAGCGUGGGUUCCACUUCCAGUGAGAGCGACCCGGAGCUGGCAGAGCCCUCUCAGUCCUCACCCCGCCAGUCCACAGCCCCCACCCUGCCUGACCUACCCGAUCCAGCCUACAACUUCAACACCCUCCUCGCCAAUGAGAUCAAAUUAUUGACUGAGUAAGAUUCAAGCAGCUUCACGCACACACAAACACCACGAAUACACAUUAAAAACACACCUGUACACAUGGCAACAGACAUUCCUUUUAAACACACAUAUCAAUCCAAAAAACACAGGAUGUUAAAUGCAAAGCAGAGCAAAACUGAACACACAGACACAACCACAGAAAUAAAAACACCAAAACAUGAGCCUUCUCCUACUAACUCCCUUCAAAAAUAACAAAGAUCUGAGGCUGCUCCCCUGACUCUUCUCGCUUUGCACCUCUACUCCCAAACUGCACAUCCCACUAUCCAAACUCAGCUCACACCGCAGCGUGGUGGCAAGAGUGGGAUUUAGUACAUAACGGCCAAAUUGACCUGAGCUUCUGUUUUGCAAGAAACCGGAGGGUGACUAUGUUUUUUUUUUUAAUAAAAGCAUACACCUGCCAUAUUUAUAUCCUUAUAUUAUCUAAGGGAUAAUCUACAAAAGGGGGUUUCCUGCUGAGACUUCAGUAAUAAUUUAUGGAUUGGAAGUAAAAUGAAGUGGGUUUUUUUCCAAGUGAUGAGCUUCUUGUGAGAGGAAUACAUCCUCAUGCUUGACACAUUAAACAGUCUCAAUGUAGCAAUGUAGUGCUGCUGUCAAGGACACAACAGAAUGGGGAUUGUCCUGCAGCAACUGGAGAUGGAGGAAAUUUAUGUCAGAUUUACUGCCCUUCAUUUUAACCAAAAUGAGAGACAAUUUCACUACAUGACAAUAUGUCAUAUGUUGUAAAACCAACUACAGCAGAAUGUAUUUUCACUGUUUUUACUCUCCUUUAAAUAAAAGCAUAGUUGAAAUGUAGCCAGAGCUGCUACGCUGACAGUGAAUAAGAAGCUGUCCAUAAAUUAAUUCUCUUCACUGCGAUUGAAGCAACACUGCCCUAACCUGUGCAGGAUAGUAAAAAUAACAAAUAGCAGUUUUGUUGACGACUCACAACCUGGCAUAUAAAAAUUGGUUGAGUGCCAUGACUUGAUUUUUAAUUUCACGUUCAUAGAUUGCUUGUUUGAUUACCCUUACCAGCAGCAGCAGUCUGCUGCUUUUUAAAAACCCAUUCAAUGUCUAGCACUUUAUGAUGAACAGAUGCAUUUUUUUAAUCGCUCAGAUGACAUAUUUAGGAAACACGAGACAGGUUGUUAAAGCUGUGUCUACACUUGCGAACAAAAUAUACCUCAGAACAGUGACUUCUCACUGCCAUAGGAUGACAUAGAUAUUAAAAACCUACAGAACAUAUCAGCCAGGAUCCUUAUGGUUUUCAAAUGGCCCCUGAUAUACCAGGUGUUCCUUCCCUUUAUGUCAAAGAGCUAAAAAAAUAAAAAAAAGUAGUUGUGUAUUCUUUUUUUAUUUCAUUUUUUAGCUUUUUUGUAAAUAUUUAGGUAGUGGAUUCAGUACAUUCUAGUAUCCAGUUGAUGAAACUGGAACAGCUGACAUGACUGCCAACUUUGAAAUUUUCAUAAGCUAUUGUGAACAAACUUGUUUGUACAGACCUGCAAUACUGAAAGUUUGAAAUUUGGUGCUAACAUUUAUGAAUUUGGUUAGAUGUGUUUUCUCAGUCGUAUGAUUUGUAGAUUUUGUUGUUUUUCCCUUGUUUUUUGAUAAUACCUAUCUUAACCCACAAAAUACAUUGGCAUGGUGUACAAAUAACAAAAAAAAGAGAAGUAUAUUUUUGCAGUCUCUUACAAUAGAAUGUUACUUUUUCUCUUCUUAGAAAAGAAAGGAAAAAGAUCCAGGGAUUUCAGUGGCCAAAAGCUUAUUGCUUACGGUUUUUGUUCCUGUUGAUUUACCUCUUGUAUGCCUUCUGAAAUCAACACCGAGGGAGGCUAAUGCCAUUCAUCAAAAAUAAUUUACAGCUCCAAUCAAAAGCACAAAUGUAAACCUUACGUUGUUCAACGUAGUGACGUCCAUGUUUUUUGACUCAUAGCCCUUUCUGUUGAACACAACUCAGGGAAGCAGCCUGGAUCUCACCCCUGACCCCCAAAGGCAUGACAUAUUCAUCCAAGCUGGAGACAUGUCAAAAACAUUACACAUAGCCCCACAGGCAGACAAAAAGAUACACAAACAACAACGAAAAAAAGGUUCUAAACUACAAUAUAAGACAAUGUGGUGUAUACCAUGGUUAACAUGCACUUUUUUUCCUUGCUUGUUUUAUAUUGUUCCUUGUUUUCUUCCUAAUUUAUGGUAUUUUAAAGAGAAAAAAGUGGUUUGUGUGCACUAAUAUUGUCUCAAUAAAAUGAAACCGCUGUGAAGCUUGAUUUUAUUUCCUUUAUUGUGGGCCCAUAUUUACUAACUGCCUGGAAUCUAACAGGGGCCUGCUUUGGGGUGCCAAAUUUAAAGCGGCCAGACAACAGUAAAUGCAGCUUUUAUAUUUAAAAUCUGCCGUCAAGUAAUCACAUUGGCUCCACUGAGACAGUAACACCAUUUACACUACUGUGAUGUUGUCUGGUAUCUAUAUAAUGAAAGUAUCUGAAAAACAAACUGUGAAUCUGCUCAUGUCCAUUCUCCUGACAUGCAAAGGCACGUGGGCUUGAUCACCAACAAGUCACAUCCCAACAUAAAAGCUAAUAUGAGUGAACUAUCUCCAGUUGUUGUUGUCCCCCUUUUUUAAGUCUUUGUAUUGAAGCCUGUGUCAUUCUACAUUGUGUACGUGAGUGUAAAUCAAAGAUCACAUAUCCUUUCAAAACACUAAAAAGCCAGCCAUAGGACAGAAUGAAAUGUUCAUAUCUCUCUUACAGCCCUGUUUUUUCAGUCUGUAGUUUACACAUCAUCCAUAUGCACACAGAGCACAUCCAGCCAUUUCAGGUUCAUUUUACUGCGCCCCAACAACUUUCACAAGGCCUUUUCACUGUCUGGUUUCUCUGGGAUUUUAAGGAUCAUAGUUGAGUCAAGAUCCCGGGUCAGGUGGGUUUCUUUCUGCUUGGUAUUUAUAGAUCAAUGGCCAUGAUAAAGUGGAUACAAGGCAUAUUGAAAGAAAACGGGUACCGCAUGCUCGUGACACAGGGAAGGAAGGAGGUUGGUGUGUAAAUCACAAAAUGAUCGGAAGUACUCUGGCCCGUGUGGUGCCUGGUCAGCCUUGAACAAACGUGUAGGGACCUCUGGACUCGUCACUGUGUACAGCAACGCAACAGAGCACAAAGUUACUAUUUAAUUCCAAACUGCUGCUAAUGUAUAUUUGGCUCAAAAAAUUAAAAAGGGAAUACACGGAAACCUAAGCGUUUCCAUGCUUUGCUGCCUCUCGACACAUAAAAAUGAAUCUGAAUGCCAAAAAAACAAACAUUUUGUUGUAUAAAUCAGUACUAGUAACACUAGUAGUAAGAUGAUUUUAAAAGUGAUUCUUUGUUUUGAUAUAAUGAAUAAAUGUUUCAGAAUUGUAUAUAAUAUGUAGGAUUUCACAGCAAUUACUGGGUUCAUUUUAUGUCCAUGUGUUUUACAACAGACAUGAGAUUUGCUUAAAGGUUUACAAUAUACUUUGAUUUGCAGAAAGAAAAUGCAAUGUUUAUGCUCUGUUAAAAUAUAGACAUUAGAAGACAUUUAAUUAUAUCUGCAUAUGGUGAAUUGAUGAUGAAGUUAUGGACUGCUAGGUACGAAUUAAGCAAAAACAUUGCAUUAAAAAUGGUUGUUAGCAAAUGCCCUCACCAUUAUUCUGUUCUGUAUCAUUCUGACAGUGUUCAAAAAGGAUCCCAAAUACAUGUAAUUCACAUAUGUGCAAAAUGAUGUAAAUAUAUAUCCCUCUUUUUUUAGAUUCAAAUAAAGAUGAGUCAUUAUUCAAAAGCAA